AUGCAUUUUUUCAAAGUAUUCGUUGCGACCCUUGCAACCACGGCAAACAUUGCUAUGGCGGCCCCUGUAAGUGGUGUCGCCCAACUCGAGGCGCGGCAUCCCGAGCCGCAGCCUGAGCGCAUUGCCCAAGUCUAUUCGGACAAGAUAAAACGAGAGCCACAGCGUGAUGGUCAGGUUUACUCGGACAAGAUAAAGCGAGAGCCACAGCGCGAUGGCCAGGUUUACUCACGAUUGGACGAGGAGUAA